AUGGCAGCCGAGACAACCACCGAGGCUGCCGAGAAGGAGGCCGCCGAAAGGGACACCCGCAUCACCUUCCACGACGACGUUCGUCCUGGCCGAGGCCGUACGGCUGGUGCUGGCAGCCGUGGUGCCGGCGACGGGACUUCUCGCUCCCGUUCCCGCAGACGCUCGCUCAGCCGAACGUCGACUACUUCCCGCUCCAACCUCCCCAACUCCCCCUACUCAGGGGUCCAGAUCGAAUAUCGAACUCUUUCCAUCCACGUUGCCGAGUCCCGCAAUGUCGACUCCACCGAGACGGCCGACCUCAAGGCUGCUGCCAAGAAGGACGACCAAGACUACUUCUCGAACCUCAACUUUCACGAACUCGGCGUCGACCAAAUCUGCCAGCAGCUCAAUGUCUCCAAGGAGCAGGGCCUGUCGGACAGCGCUGCUGCCAACCGCCUCCAGCGCGAUGGCAGGAACACGCUCCCGAAGCCCAAGACCAACUACUGGAAGAAGAUUCUUGGUUAUGUCUUCGGUGGUUUCUGCUCCGUCCUCUGGAUCGGUGUCAUCAUCUUCUUCAUCUGCUGGCGCCCCCUGAGCGACCCGCCGUCGCCGACCAACCUCGCCCUCGCCAUCCUCGUCAUCAUUGUCAUCGCCCUUCAGGCCGGCUUCUCUGCUUUCCAGGACUGGUCUACGCAGAGGACUAUGAAAUCCAUCACCGACUUGCUCCCUUCGGAAGCUCUGGUCAUGCGUGAGGGUAAACUCCAGAAGAUGCGGGCCACCGAGCUCGUUAGCGGCGACAUCGUACACCUCCAGAUCGGCAACAAGGUGCCAGCUGAUAUGCGUCUCCUGAGUCACUCUGGUGACAUCCGAUUCGACCGUGCCAUCCUCACUGGAGAGUCUGAUGAGAUUGAAGGUGCUGUCGAUGGCACGGACGGUAGUUUCUUGGAGAGCCGCAACAUUGCUCUCAUGGGCACACUCGUUGUCAACGGCAGUGGUGUUGGUGUUGUCGUCUUGACUGGAGCGAGGUCCGUCAUGGGCCGCAUUGCCAAAGCCACUGCCUCCGCUGAGGAGCGUCCUACACUGAUUCAACGCGAGAUCUGGCGCUUCGUCCGCAUUAUCGUGUGCCUCACCAUCGUUCUCGCUCUGCUCAUCCUCUUCACUUGGGUUGGCUGGCUGAGGCGCGACCACUUUGCAUACAUGAAUGUUGUGGCCAUGCUCAACAACGUCAUGGGCUGCGUGGUCGCGUUCAUCCCCGAAGGCAUGCCCGUGGCCGUUGCGUUGACUCUGAUGAUGGUGGCCCGUCGCAUGAAGGCUGUCAACAUUCUGCCCAAGGGCCUGUCGACGGUGGAAACUCUUGGCUGCGUCAAUGUCAUCUGCUCCGACAAGACCGGAACGCUGACGCAAAAUGAGAUGCAUGUUAACUCUGCUUCCUUCAUCGACCAGCCUGUUCCUAUCAACGACUUUCAGCACAACUUGGAGACCGAAAACACCGAGGCCUGCAUCUUGAGGCUGUUCCAGGCUGCACUGCUCUGCAACGAUGCCACGUUCGAUCCUGCGACGAUCCACCUUCCCGUUGCCAGCCGCCAGGUGCAGGGCAAUGCCACCGAUGCUGCCGUCCUGAGGUUCGCCUCCAUGACGAAGAGGAGCGAGAAGGAGCACACGAAGCUGCCUCGCGUGGCUCAGAUCCCCUUCAACUCCAAGAACAAGUGGAUGCUCACGGUCCAUCAGGAGCCUCAGGCUUCUGCGGCCACCGACGAGUUCUGCGUCUUCGUCAAGGGAGCGCCGGACGUGCUGCUGCCAGCUUGCACCAAGUACUGGUCGCGCAAGACCAACUCGGUGCAGCCCCUUGACGCUACUGCCCGGGCUGCCUUCAAGCAGUACCAGGACUCGCUCUCGAAGAACGCUGAGCGCGUCAUCGUCCUCUGCGAAAAGACCAUGCGUCCCGUCAAUGCCCUCAACACCAACGCCUUCAGCGAUGAGAUUGCGGCCAACGCCAUUAGUGAACUUACCGUCAUCGGCAUCCUUGGAAUCAUCGACCCGCCUCGCCCCGAAACCGCAGCGACUGUCGCCGAAUGCCGUCGCGCCGGCGCCAGGUUCUUCAUGGUCACUGGCGACUACGGCCUUACCGCCGCGGCGAUCGCGCGCAACACCGGCAUCUUCACCAACGAGCGCGAUCCGGACACGAUCGAGACGAUACGAGCGAAGGAAAGCCUGACGGCCCACGAUCUGCGCCAGGCCCGGGAGGCGGGCGAGCGUCGCAGCCUCCUGCUCGAGGGCCAGUCGCUGGGCGCCCUCGUCAACGAGGACUGGGACCUCAUCUGCGAGUACGGCGAGAUUGUAUUUGCGCGAACGACUCCCGAGCAGAAGCUGCGCAUUGUGAACGAGUUCCGCAAGCGCGAUAAUGUGGUAGCGGUGACGGGAGAUGGUGUCAAUGACGCCCCAGCACUGCGGGCCGCCGACGUCGGUGUCGCCAUUGUCACCGGCAGCGACGUGGCCAUCGAGGCAGCCGACUUGGUGCUGCUGGACCGGUUCGACUCCAUAAUUGAGGCUAUCAGACUGGGCCGUCUUGUGUUCCAGAACCUCCAAAAGGUCAUUGCCUACCUGCUCCCCGCUGGUAGCUGGUCCGAGAUCUGGCCUGUCAUCCUCAACGUCUUCUUCGGUGUGCCUCUGCCCCUGAGCUCGUUCCUCAUGAUCAUCAUUUGCGUCUUUACCGAUCUGUUCCUGUCUCUAUCUCUGAUCAUGGAGAAGGAGGAGUUUGAUCUCCUCUCGCUGCCUCCCCGCAACCACAAGCGCGACCACCUCAUCACUAUCAAGAUCUACAUCCAGGCGUACCUGUUCACCGGAUUCAUGGAGACGUGCACGGCUCACGCCAUGUUCUUUCUGUACUACUGGAAGAAGGCGGGCAUCCCGAUCAGGCAGCUUUUCUUUCUGUUCGAGGGCUACUCGGAGGGAUUCCACGGGUACACGCAGGACGAGCUGACGCAGUUCAACUACACGGGCCAGUGCGUCUACUUUGUGACGCUGGUCAUCCUGCAGUGGGGCAACAUCCUGGCCGUCAGGAACAGGAGGCUCAGCAUCCUCCAGGCAGACCCGGUUACCAAGAAGAGGCGCAACCCGUGGCUGCUCCUCAGCAUGGCCAUCAGCCUGGCCAUUGCCGUCUUCGUCACCGAGGUGCCCGGCAUCCAGAACCUGUUCGGCACUGCGUCGGUCCCGAUCGAGUUCUGGGUGAUUCCGAUCCCUCUCGCCCUGGGCAUCCUGUGCAUGGACGAGAUUCGCAAGCUGGUUGUCCGACUGUUCCCCAACGGACCCAUUGCUCGCAUCGCAUGGUAA